UUUUGAGGUUAGUUUGUACGUCAGUGGAAAUGACCCAGCAUAUUACUAUUUGAAGCAAGUUAAAUUGUGGCGCAGCUUUUAAUAAAAAAUAAGAAACAACUGAGAGAAAAAGUGUGCAGAAUGAGUCAAAUAAAAGCUGAAGCUCCAAAAGUGGACCCCAAGAAAGAAACUGAAGAUGACAAAAGUGAAUUGUCUGAAGAAGAUAAGCAACUUCAAGAUGAGCUCAAUCUGUGUGUUGAAAGAUUACAAGAAAAUGAUGAGAGCUUAUAUUUAGCGGCUUUAUAUGCUCUGGCCAGUCGAAUCAAAGCUUCAACCACUUCAAUGACUUCAGUACCCAAACCAUUGAAGUUUAUGAGGCCACAUUAUGAUACAAUGAAGCAAAUAUAUGAAAAAAUUAAAGAUGAAAAGGUAAAAAGGGUCUGUGCUGAUAUUGUGUCAGUAUUAACAAUGACAUUGGGGGAAGGACGUGAAUGCCUGAAAUACAGACUACUUUCAGAUCUAGAUAAAAUUGGAGAAUGGGGACAUGAAUAUGUCAGACAUUUAUCUGGUGAAAUUGCUGGUGAAUGGGCUGAAAAAGAUGUUGAUGACAAGGAAGUUGAAGAUAAGUUGAUCCAGUUAGCUAAACAAAUUGUACCUUACAACAUGAGUCACAAUGCAGAAGCAGAAGCCUGUGACCUACUGAUGGAGAUAGAAAGACUAGAUUUACUGGAAGAAAAUAUUGAUGAAAGUAUUUAUCCAAGAGUGUGUCUCUACUUGACCAGCUGUGUCCCUUAUGUAGCUGAUCCUGAAAAUACCACUCUGUUACAAACUGCCUUGAUGUUGUUCAGGAAAUACAAUCAGUAUCCCCAAGCUUUACGUUUAGCAAUGCAACUUAAUGACCACAGUCUUAUUGAAGAAAUAUUCGUAUCAUGUAAUGACACGACUGUUCAAAAGCAAUUAGCCUUUAUGCUUGGAAGGCAGCAAAUCUUUGUUGAAAUUCGCGAGAGCACAAAUGAAUAUGAGGAUCUAGUGGAAAUUAUGGCUAAUUGUCAUUUAAACAAUCACUUUCUCAAUUUAGCACGAGAGUUAGACAUAAUGGAACCAAAAACUCCCGAAGAUGUGUACAAAUCCCACUUGGAAAAUACACGGCCUCAAUUUGGAGGUAGUCAAGUGGAUUCAGCCAGGCAAAAUCUGGCGGCCAGUUUCGUCAAUGGUUUUGUUAAUGCUGCUUUUGGACAAGACAAGCUUCUAAUGGAAGACGGCAAUAAAUGGCUUUACAAAAAUAAAGAACACGGAAUGCUGAGUGCGACAGCAUCUUUGGGGCUAGUACUACUUUGGGAUGUUGAUGGGGGUUUGACCCCUAUUGAUAAAUAUUUAUAUUCAUCAGAAGACCAUAUUAAAUCGGGGGCUUUAUUAGCCUGCGGAAUUGUCAAUUGCGGGGUCAGAAACGAAUGCGACCCCGCAUUGGCACUCCUCAGCGAUUAUGUACUCCAUAACACGAACAUUAUGAGAAUCGGAGCAAUUGUCGGGUUAGGUCUGGCUUACGUGGGAUCAAAUCGUGAAGCUGUCUUAAGCUUGCUCUUCCCCGUAUUUUCCGAUCCAAAAUCUAACAUGGAGGUUAUAGGAAUGGCAGCCUUAGCGUGCGGUAUGAUUGCUGUUGGUUCCGGAAAUGUGCAAGUCACGACAACGAUCAUGCAAACAUUGAUGGAAAAGUCAGAAACGGAAUUGAAAGACACUCACGCACGAUUUUUGCCUCUCGGCCUUGGUUUAUGUCACUUGGGUAAACAGGAAAAAAUCGACACCAUCAUUGCAGCGUUGGAAGUAAUACCGGAACCGUUUAGAUCAAUGGCAACCACCAUGGUCGACAUAUGCGCUUACGCGGGAACAGGGAAUGUGCUCAAAGUUCAACAUUUGCUUCACAUUUGUUCAGAACACUACGAGGGAUCUGACGCUUCCGACAAAGACAAAAAAGACAAAGAGAAAAAGGAUAAAUCGGAUGAGAAGGAGAAAGAUCUAUCCGCGAGGCAAGCGAUUGCGGUUAUAGGAAUCGCCCUUAUCAGUAUGGGAGAAGAUAUUGGAAGCGAAAUGGCGUUCCGUACCUUUGGACACUUGCUACGCUAUUGCGAACCAGUCAUAAGGCGGGCGGUGCCUUUAGCAUUGGGUUUGAUAUCGGUUUCGAAUCCGAAAUUGAGUAUAUUGGAUACACUUAGCAAGUUUUCGCACGAUAGCGAUGCCGAAGUAGCCCAUAACGCUAUAUUUGCCAUGGGCUUGGUAGGUGCUGGCACCAACAAUGCCAGGUUGGCGGCCAUGCUAAGGCAGCUAGCCCAGUAUCACGCCAAGGAUCCAAAUAAUUUGUUUAUGGUUAGGAUUGCUCAAGGUUUAACUCAUUUAGGAAAGGGUACCUUAACUCUUAGCCCUUACCACAGCGACCGGCAGCUUAUGAGUCCCGUAGCUGUAGCCGGGUUAUUAGGUACCCUUGUGGGGUUCCUCGACGUUAAAAAUAUAAUUUUGGCUAAAUCUCAUUACCUGCUAUACACGCUGGCAGCCGCGAUGCAACCGAGGAUGUUGGUUACGUUCGACGAGCACUUGGAUCCGCUACCGGUUCCGGUUAGAGUUGGUUUGGCUGUCGAUGUAGUUGGCCAGGCCGGAAAACCGAAAACCAUAACCGGAUUCCAAACUCACACAACCCCUGUUCUGCUCGCUCACGGCGAAAGGGCUGAAUUGGCCACGGAAGAAUACAUUUCUUUGACUCCGAUUAUGGAGGGAUUUGUAAUAUUAAGAAAAAAUCCAGACUUCAGUCCCUAGGUGUUACUUUAUUUACUUUAAUUAUAUAUAUUUUGAAUAUACCUAAAUACUAAAACCUUUUUUUCUAAAAAUUUUUCAAUUUGUGUCAAUAAUUUUUGUGUAAACAAAAUAAAUGUGGUAACGACCCUAACGUUAUUUUCAUUAAAAAA